AAUCAUUAUUUUAUUGUCUUAGCUUUGAUGUUUAAAGAAAGUUGAGCUUUGUAUUAAAAUUAGUUAUAAUAACGUUUUUUCAUUAUAUAAUCUCCGUAUACAGUUUAACUAAUAAAAUGUUAGGUUUCUAUUGUUCAAUUCCAUCUAAUGUAUCGAGUCUUACUUUGUAUUUCCUUUUCAAAACCUGGCUCCACUCCUUUACACUAGCUCGCAAAGGUAAUUUGUACUAGGCAAGCUUCGUGCAACGAGCUUGAUCCGAAAGGAAAAUUCAUUGCUUCUGUUGACAAGGAGUUUCGAAUUUGAGACCUGCAACAUGAAAGUACUAAGCCCAAACCAUUGAGCCAUAUUUACAAGAGGUCACGAUCUUCUUGUCGCUUAGAACCAACUCUUAUGGGAUAAUUUCUAAGAACAUGUGCAAUUAAUUACCAUAACGUAACUCUUCUAAAUCACAUUUAACUCUACAAUGCUUGUGGCGUUUUCAUUUCGUAAAUGUGAUAUUAAUUACAUUCAUUAACAACGUAUGUUACCGUACCACUCACUAAUCUAUAGUAUUUAAAUCGUCCUAAACAUCACAGAUUAUUCAUCCAAGUGCUAAUUAGCUCAGCUUAAAACACACACGAGAAGUACGAGUACUUACUAACGAGGCUGUGGUACUUACUGGUGCAGUGUUAGCAGCAAAUAGGAAGAUGAGUAGCAGGUUGAUUUUUUUGUUUGUUGUGUGUGUUCUCGUGCAAGCGACAUAUGCAAGGAAGCUUCUUCAGUUUCCAUCAAUGGACAUCCCCGGCAUUGGCGGACUUGACAAAAUUAUGGGAGGUAUUGUAGGCGGCGGUGGUGGUGGAGGUGGAGGCGGAGGAGGAGGAGGAGAGAAUGGUGGAUCUGGUGGAGGGAUGGGAGCUGGCUAUGGUAGUGGAUCAGGUAGCGAUGGAGGCGGAGGCGGAGGCGGUGGCGGAGGAGGCAAUAAGAAUGGUGCAUAUGGUUGGGGAAUUGGAGGUGGCUCUGGUAGAGGAUCAGACAGCGAAGGAGGCGGCAGUGGUGGUGGUGGCGGCGGAGGAGGAGAUGGUGCAUCUGGCUGGGGAACAGGAGGUGGCUAUGGUAAUGGAUCAGGUAGCGAUGGAGGCAGCGGAGGCGGCGGCGGCGGAGGCGGCGGCGGAGGUGAAAAUGGCGGUAAUGGUUUUGGUAUCGGAGCAGGUGAAGGUCAUGGAGUUAUGGCGGCAAUUGAUCCAAUUGAAGUUUAAAAUAAAGCCUCUUUAUACGGACGGUUUAGGUGAUCACUGAUCACCUGAUUUUUCUCAAUUUUUUAGAAAUUAGAAUUAAGAAUAAAUAAAGACAAUUGUCAUUAAACCAUAUAUUUUCACUAAAAAUAAAUGGUGUAAUUCAUAAUUUUGUGAAUUUUGAGCUGAGUUAUGUAUUGACUAUUGAGUACUUCUCAUUUGACAGAUGGUACCUACAAUAAUACAAUAAAAUUAAAUUCAAUAAAUUUAUA